AUGGCGUCAUCGACUUCAUCCAACGCCGCAGUGAAGUGGCGCUCUGCUCUCCGGAACUCGACAGGCCGUUUAAGCAGUCACUCCUCCAUGUCAGUCGCUCUGGAGUCGGAGUUGGACCCACGCGUCGCGACCCUCUCCCAAGUGACAAUUUACACUGAUGUUCCGCACGCAACGCUGCAGAACAUCAUUAACAUUGCUGUGGAGACGUACAACAAGUUUGUGUUGGUGCCCACGCGCAACACGUGGAGGAAGGAGGAGGGGGCUAGAAAAGAACUGGAGCGCGAGGUUGAGCGCUCAGCUCUGAGGGACAUUGCAAAGAUGAUCAAAGAGAAUGUAGAGAGCGCCUUGGGCGGGACGUGGCACGUUAUAUAUGGUCGUUCCUUCUCCACCUAUGUCACCCACCAAACACGCUCUUUUUGCCAUUUUCAACUGGAUGGUGCCAAUGUAGUUGUCUGGCGUCAUGGUUAG